AUGUAGUUCGUUGUCCGCAAGCAAGGCGCGCGAGCGCACCACUGCGCCGACACUCGAACACCAUUCGCCGAAGCGCGCACAACAUGCCGACCCAGCUUCUCUCACUGCUCUUGCUGAGCGUGCUCUGGCUAGGAACAGGGGCUGAGCCCGCCCCGGCUCCAGAGCCGGGCCGCGUCCCAAAGGUGUAUAAUGCCCUCAUCACGUCUAACCAGAACCUGGAGCCAAGUAAGGCAUUCCCAGUGUACCAGCCUGUGUUACACGAUGCCUUCGCCUUUUCCUACCAGCCUGCUGUUUUCUACGGAGGAGAUUUGCUUGGAAAUGGAUUGCUGCCUGCACCAGGUUUGCUGCCUAAACCGCCUCAACCGCCUCAAGUGCCUCAAUCUCCUCAACCUUCCGAAUCGACACCGGUUUCGACGCCCGAAGCUCCUGCGGAACCAUCGGCUGCUCCUACAGAAUCUCCGACUACCACUCCAGAACCUGCGAAACCAGAAUCAGAUAGCAAAGAAUCUACCCCAGCUCCACCACCUCCCAAUACACAAUCCCCGAUACCCCUCAACGAAUUCGGUCUCCCUCCACAAGUACUUCCACUAGGACACAUAGAUCCCUUAUACAAUGCUCUGCCACAAUUCAGUCCCUUCGCCUACAGAUAUCCAGGCGUUAGAUUCUAUGAUCCUUACGAUCCUUUUGGUUUCAGUCCUUAUUCCAGCCUGCCAAUAUACCGUCCUCUAACAAAUGUGUUAGGACAUAGUCUGCCUGUGAUUGCUGAAAAACCCGAACCUAGUAAUGCUGCAUCGUUGGCAAGUAAUGGUGUCUCUGAACAAUCUGCUCAAACACCACCUCCCGAACCCAGUGAUCUCAAUAUUCUGAACUAUUCCUCUAAAGACCCUGCCAUUCCUAAUGUCCCUCCUCCUCCUCUCCCCCAAGGCGGUCUCAAGACAGAUAAAUCUGAAUAGCUAUUAAUUAAAUUAAAUACUAAGCUUCUUUUAUAUAUUGAUUUGUUGACUGUAUAUCAUUACGUCAUACCACUUCCAUUAAGGCGAAAAAGUCAAAGUUCCUGGUAAUUUAUUUAUCGAUUUAUGUUUCGUGAAAAUUGCUGAGAGUAAACAUCCCAAUGCUGAAAUAUUUAGAUGCUUACCAAGUAAACGUUUAAUUUUUAGAAACUUUCGUGUAUUGCUCACGAUGUUUGUAAUUAUGGUUGUGUUGAGGUGAUCCUGAAACAAGUAAAUGAUAUAUUUUUAUA